GGGAAGGGCGCGCGGGGGCUGGGGCGGGGCGGGAGCGUGACCGGGCGCGGGGCCGCGCGUGCGGGACGGCGGCGCGAUGGCGCGAGGCGGCUGUGCCGCUAUUUAGGGGCAGGGGCCGCGGAGCGCAGGCGGCGGCGCCGGGUAAGAGCCGGGGUGUGCGGGGUUUUCCUUACCCUCCACCUCCCCCCUCCCCCGUGUCCUCUCCCUGAGGGCCGUCCGCCGGCGGGGACCGUGCUGGGCCGUCCUUUUCCUCCGGGCCGUGCGCCCCGGGCGGGGGCAGCGGGGCGUUCGUUCAGGGCUGACCGGGAGACGGGCCGGGCCGGGGCGGGCGGGUGCGCGGCAGUGUUGCGCCACUCGGUUCCCGGGCCGGUCGCCAGCCGUGCCCCGCGGCGGUGUCUGGUGUGUCCAGCCUGCCCUGGCCGGCGCCGGCGGUGACGCUCAGAGCGCAGCAUGGCCGAGCCCGGGGCCGAGCCCCUGGCGGGCCCCUCCGCAGCCCUGCCCCGGCUGGGGGCUGCCCGCGCUGUUCCCCAGAGCGGUGGGGCUUGGUGCUGGCCGUCCGGGCUGCCAGCGGUGUCGCGACCCUCGCGGGACCGGCGUCUUUCGGCUUUGUCGCUUGUCGCAUGAGCGCGGCUGUGCCACCGACACGGAUUUCCUUGAUGAAGAGAUUUGCGUUUUGUCGCCGUCUCCGCAAGUGGCGGCUCUUGUUGCCUGUAGAUGGUAGAAAACUGCUGCCCUGCGAGAUACGCACACUUUGUCUUAUUGCUGGUCCAAGUAGUGGAGGGGAUUCCCUGAGGGAUUAGGGAGAAGCGGGUACAGUGGCCGUCUGGUUGCUUCCCAUGUGGUCCUGGGCGCCAGUCAUCCCUGUCGUGGGGCUCCGACGCUUUCCCUAAAAAAAAUCGGCAUCGUUUUCAUCUCUCGGAUGAUGAAACUGAGGCACAAAGGAAAGCAGGCUGCCAAGUGUUUUGGCAGGAUUGAGGGGAAUAAUUCCCAGUCUCAGUUUUCGUGCUUGUUUCAGGCUGACUAGGGGUUUGCCAGCUGGUGGCUGCUUGUUACGGCUGAGGCAUUCUGAAGGCAUAGUUCUACACAUAGUUGUAGUUCUACUACCAGGUAGUGGAACUGUGUGGGGUUAUAGCUCUGUCGUUAGUGAUCUGUCACAGAGGGGGAAAGGGAAUCCACAACCUUCCCAAGAAAUUGGAUAUUAUUGGGAGUUAAGAUAUUUUUUCUUACACCCUCUUCUCUGUAGAAAUAUAACAUUUAUGCUUCCUACAUGCUGUUACUUUCAGAGGCAUGUAGAAUAUACUGUUCAAAGCAUGUAACUUCUGAACAAAUUAUCUAUAUGUUGGUGUAGCAAAAUAAGAAUGUAAGUGUGGAUGAUGAAAAUUUGAGAUAACCUCCUAGCAGUUGAGCAUUCGAAGUAAUUGUUUGGAUGUUGUUUAUAUGUCUGGAAAUGUGGUGCUUCACGUAAAGUCAAUAGAUAAAUAUUUUCAGUGGAGGAGAAAGAUAGAUAGAUAGAUAUGCACAUCUGUAAGUGAUACACCAAAUGGAGAUACUGUUCCCAUGCUGCUUGUCUGGAGGAUUAGCAUUCACACAGUUAUGUGAAAUUAAAUAACCUUUCUGGCCAUUUUUUAAUCAGUUAUUCUUGUAUUAGCAAGAACUGUCUAGAUUAGAGAAGCAGCACUGUUUGUGAUCCGUCUGGAAGGUUUGAUUUCAAAAUGCAAACACUGAGUGCUAAGACAUUACUCUGUAUAAAUUAAUAUAAUUUUUGAACUAAAACUACUUGCUAGCUGUCAGAAAAUUCUGAAGUGUUCCAGAGAAAUUGAUUUACAGUUUUAAGAAGGUACCAGAAAGAACUCAAUUAUUGCAAGCAAAUAUUUGGUGCCUCUAGUUAGGAAUUUCAGUAAUUUUUAACUUUGUACCUGUUUUGAUUUUCUUUUUUUUGUGUAUAUAUUUUGUUCUGAAGGCCCUAUCAAAACUACAAGGGUAAGCCUCCUUCUAGAGGCAGAGGAAUAAGUAUACAGUAGAGAAAUGACUUUGUUAGAUGGUGAAAGGAAUAGAGAUGUCAUUUGUAUAUAGAGAUUUUAAAUACAAAAAUGUAUUUCAGAGUAUUCUGUUCAUAUAACAUUACAUUAAUGUUACAUAUAGCAUUACAUAAUGUUGUGUUCAUAUAACAUUACAUAUUUUCAAGUGCUUGUCUUAGAGGUGUCUGGUGUUUCUUGAGUCUCAUAAAUAUUUCCAAGAAGGAAGUAAGCUUGGAGGAAGGAAGGAAGCUUAGAGAUGAAAUACGCUUAAUUAGAAAGCAGUUACGGUUUGAGUAAUCAAAAUUCCUUGAGGAUAGUUGCAGCUUUUAGAUGGCUUUAAGAACAGUCUGGCUUGUUAUAAAACCUCAAGGAGCAGCUGCUUUGUGAAGCAUCCCUGGUUCUGUCUGCUUGAGCUAUGUGGAUUCCUAGUGACAGAUUACCUCUUGAAGCUGUAAACAUAGGUCUUCUUUUUUUUGUGAGGAAUUUCUGUAAAUCCAUUUUCCCGCAACCUUUGGUCUCUUGUGAUUGAUGUGAUAAUGAGCCUUAAUAGACUGAACACCUUCCUGUGGUGGUUGUGGUGUUAUCUAUACUUCCUGACUUCCAAGCUGGCUUUGCUGGCAAGUACAUGUUAUUUUAGCUAUAGUUUUUUAAACUGACAUGGUGAUUUGUAGGUCACCUGGACAGGAAUUGCGACUUCUCUGAAAUUGAGAGAUAACCCUUUAUAUAAUGGCAUAUCCCUGUGUACCUUUUGGGGCAGGUCUCAUGAUUUAUGAAUUAAGAUGAAUUUUUAAGAUUUCUCUCUUGCUCAGAAUAAGUAGUGAUACAUGUUUUGCAUGAAAGCCUGAUACUACUUCAGAAACUAUUGGUCACAGGCUGAUAUUAAAACUCAACACUUGCUACUUUGCGCACAUAAGGUGUGAUUUUUAGGGUUAUUAGCUUUUCAUAGGCACUGCAUGAAGCAUCAAUUUGUGGAUCACACAUAAAGCCCUAGUGCUUUCUUUUCAAAAUGGCUGCAGGAUGUGAAGAAUAAUAGAAGUCCCAUUUGAUUUGGAUAUUAAAUGGGAUGAUCUCAUGGCAUAUCUCGUGGCAGUCUGUCUUUAUGGAAACAAUCAGAGCAUUUUAACUUUUUUUUUUUCCACUUUGAGUUAAUUUAUUUUCUAUGAGUUAAGGACUGUCACCAGCAGCAUUCUAAAUAGACCCUGUUGGUUUUAUUCAGAGUAUUUUGAUGGAUUUUGGUCUUUGGGCACUAAACCAUGAGAACAACCUGGCAAACUUCUGAAGUCAGUUUCUUUCUCAUUCUCCCUUGCCUCUUCACUUAGUGAUCCACAACAAUUACAUAUAACGAUUGCAUAGUUAGUUUUGCUAUUUGGUUUUGUUUGUUUUUAAUAGAAAGCAUCUGAACUGGCCAGCUGUUUCAGUGUUCAUUCAGCAUUGGAUUCAGCUUUCACCUUAGAUAUAUAUGUGUGUGUAUAUGUAUGUAUAUAUAUAUAUAUGUAUGUAUAUAUAUAUAUAUGCACUCUACCAGUCAGUAAAAUGUAAAACUUGUGUUAAGCUGUGCAUAAGGACUGAAAAAAAAUUAGUUUUCUCUUGUUUAGAGUAACAGCUUAGUCUGACUUAAAAUUGUGAGUUGUGUACAAGUUAGUGUUUAGCAUUACUAUUGAAUGAUGGCACUAUCUUUUAAGGUUUGAUGCAGCUUAUAUGCAGGGUUUCUGCACUGUCUUCGCCGGAUCAUUUUUACACACUCAGAUAUGAAAACACCAGUUUGCAUAGAAGUAUUUUCCUCAUUCUAAUUUGAAUUAUGGCUCCUUGUUUUGUUAGUUUUAAGUCCCACUUUUUUUUUUUUUUUUCAUUUCCUUUAUGGUUUUGAGGUAGGCAGGAUGGAUGGAAGUGUCUAGUGUAACUCUGGAUCUUUCCCCUAGAACUAAAUUUCAAUUAAGAAUCAGUCUUGUAAAAGCCAGAGACACUAAUGUUUUUAAAAAUAGCACACAUUAGAAGGGGUUGUAAUUGCUCCUUUGUGGGUUUAGAGGUGUGUAGCUUCAGUCUUCUUCAAACCGCAUUGAUCGGUGGGGGUAGGGGUAAGUAAAAUACGUCAGAACAGCCUAAAGCAGAUAUUUGCUGAAUCGUGGCUUUGGCACUGUAGUCUCAGCUGCUUGGUUCCUACUGGAGGUGGGUGGCUUUCCACUUAACUCUCCUUUGCAGGUGAUGGAGCAUGAAGCCCCAUUCUCUUGCCUUUUAAGAGCUGAUUGCAGUGGAAUUGAGUCGUAUGGUUUGUGGAGGGCUUAUCGGCUCCCUCAAAACAAUUGCUAAACCUUCCAAAGGGGCAAAGUAGUAGAGAUUGUAGGAACUUCAGUCUCUUACAUGUGAAUUAAUCUGCUUGGAACAACUGAAAUGUUGUUUUUCAAGUCUGGAAGACAGUUGAAUAUAGAAGUGGCUUUUAUAUUAAAAAAUAGUAAUUAAUUUUAAUUUCCAGUGAAAAAAUACUUUAGGACAAAAAUGUGUAAUAAUUAUGUAUUACUGUUUACUUCUUAAGUUGGUUAUUGCUUUUUAUUUAUUUAUUCUUUCAGUUGCUUUGCAGUAUGUUUUUAAUAACCUGAGCUACACUUAACUGCUGGUGUGAAAAUAAGUAAAUAGUUUUGUGGGAAUAUUGUUUGACUUUAAUAAAUAAUGACCCAACAGAAAGCCAGUAACUUUAUAAUGUUGUAAUAGCUUAGGUGACCCUGCCGUUAUUCUAAGGUGGCAUGAAUCAUGAUGCAAAUGGGAGAGAAAUAAAACAACAGUUUAAAAACUUUCCUUUUAACAUCUGUUUCAUUCUUUCCCCUUCAGUUUGAAAGGUGCUUCUGCUGUUGUUUUGCAGCUUUUGGCAAUUAGCAGUGAAGCAGAGCUCCUGCUUCCUUCCACCUAGCUUGUAGUUGCCCUCAGGCUUCUGAUGAGUUUCAGAUCUUCUGCAACUCAAAAUGUUCCAAUUAAAUAAUUUAAAUUAAUCUUGCUCGAAAUAACCAAUCCUAAGAUCUAUCUGUAGUAGAGCUCAAUAGGCUUUAGUUAACAAGCAGUAUUCUGGUAAGUGUUAGCACAAGUCUAGUCAUUAAAGUAGACCUCUAUGUGCUGAUAUUAUUUGGUGAUUUAAACUAAAAGAGAAUACUCUUUAGAAUUUGGUUGUAUUCACCAUGCAAAUUUAUAAAUAUUUGCUGAACUAGUUGGAUUUUUUUUUUUAAUUCAAAAAUUUAUGUGUGGGUAGAAACCUUAUUUUUCAGAUAUUGGACACUUCAAAAAUAAGCAAGAAUCAAUUGAUAUAGUUAUUUCACUGUAGCCUUGUAAUAAAUAUCCAAAUAUACAUUGCAUUUAAAGCAGUAUAGUGGUUGUUAUAUCCAGCCCAGUGAGAGCACUUAAGCAGAACACAGAAAAAAUUAAUAGCUUUUUGGUUCUCAAUGCCAUAUAGCUACAGUCUGAUGACAAACAACUUGUUAUUUAGUCAAAAAAUUAACUAACAAACUUCCAGUGACAAACAAAUGCUUGUUAAUAUAUUUGGCAAGUCUUUCAAUCAGCGAUGUUUAUAGUAUAAAGUUUCUGUAUAGGAAAUUUUGCUGGGCUUUGAAUAAUGAACUCACAAGUAUAGGCGCAAAUAAAGAUACUGCUAGGUGAUUCUGAUGGCUUUUAUUUUAGUUCUAACUGAAAGACAUCUAGGUUGGCAAACCCUACAAAGAUUCUGCUAUAAAUGUUUGAGAUCUGCUUUCAUUUAGUUGUUCCUGUGAGUAGAGAUUUUCUUUACAUUACGCUAUCUUUAUUUGUAAAGAAAAAAUGGCUUAGUUGUGUUGAUGUGUAAGAAAUGAGGUUCUGGCUUGCGGGUGAUCCAUGCUUAAGUGUGUCUAGUUUUACAUAUAUAUAGAUAUGUGAAAUACCUUGUGUCUGUCACUUUUAUGAAGUGAAUUACAUGCAAUCAAAGCAAAGGGAUGUUUGCUGUCAUAAAUUGCAGUUUCUUCUGAUAAUAGUAAGUGGAGUUUAUUAAUUUUCCUUUCUAGAGAAUACUGUGGAAUUCCCUUAAAAUUUUUAGCAAGUUUCCUUUUAUGGGGUAAAGCUCAGAAUAUUCGUUUCCAAAGAAGUUCUGUCAGAAAUUCUGUGCAGGAUGUUUUCUAGGUGGAACUGGGUGGCCUGUGGCUUCUGUCUGGUGUUGAAUAUUUGUUCUCCUGAUGCUUCAGGUGGACUUGUGCAGUCAUGUGGUCACAUCAUCCCGGAGUCACCUGUACUGGCCCUUGGUUCCAAUUUCACAGCAUUAUGCAUUCUGAAUGAGAGUUGUCUUGACUUUGGCAAUAUCUAUGCCAGUCAGAUUAUCUGGAAGAUUAAAAAUAGACUGGUACCUAAAGAACAGUAUCGUGAAAUAAACAGAACAGUUUCCAGUGUCACAUUCAAUGACACUUCUUCACUAGCUACUCCUCUGACAUGCAACAUUUUAGCAGAUGGGCAGAUUGAACAGAACAUUUAUGGAAUUACAGUUACAGUAGGCUUGGCUCCAGAGAAGCCCAAGAAUUUAAGUUGCAUUGUACAUCAGGUAUCAAGAUUCACAUAUGUCAUGACUUGUACCUGGAACCCUGGAAGGCAUACAUUCCUGGAUACUCAGUACAGGUUGAAAUACAAAUGGUUGAGAUACAGAUGGCCAGAAGAGGUCUUUCCUGACUGUAUACCAAAAGAUGUAAACAAUUCUUGCACCAUUACUGAUACUCAGUUCUUUGUCAAUACGGAGAUCUGGGUGGAAGCAACAAAUGCACUUGGGAAGGCUGAAUCUGAUCAUCUGGUUGUCGAUCCCAUUGACAUUGUUAAGCCACUGUCUCCACAGAAUGUAUCAAUCACCUCAGGACUACUACCUACUGUUCUGCAGCUUUGCUGGGAGAAUUGGAUUUCAUACGCUGUGAUGACACUGAAAUUCAAUAUUCGCUACAAAAUUGUUGGUGACACAGACUGGAUGGAGGUUCCUCCUGAAGAUACAGCUUCCCCAAGAACUUCGUUCAGUGUUCAAGGUCUCAGACCCUACACAGAGUAUGUCUUUUCCAUUCGUUGCAUGAAGGAAGAUGGAGCAGGCUACUGGAGUGACUGGAGUGAAGAAAAGACGGGGAUUACCACUGAAGAUUUGCCAUCUAAAGGACCACCCAUAUGGAGGAUCAUUGAUACAUCUCGCUCACCAGCUUUCUGGACUGUGCAUUUAGUAUGGAAGGCACUGAAGCCAUUUGAAGCCAAUGGAGUAAUCUUGCAAUAUGAAUUGACUGUCAGAGAUAAAUCAUCUCUUUCCAGUCCAGUGAAGAAAUGCAAUGUUACCAGCACCAACCAUACCUUACAGCUGCGGGAAGGAACUUAUGAAGUGACUCUGAUUGCCCGUAACAGUGUUGGGGCUUCUCCUCCAUCAGUUUUACUUAUCCCAGCAAGUAAUUCAAAAGCUCCUGUAAAGAAUCUUAGAACAUUACCUAAAGAUGACAAGUUGUGGGUAGGGUGGACUGCUCCUAACAGUUACGUUCUUAAAUAUGUGAUCGAAUGGUGUCUGGUGUCCAGCAGCUCAGACUGCAUCAUAGAAUGGCAGAUUGCACUAGGAGAUGUUCAAGGAAUUGACUUAAAAGGUAUAAAGCCUUUCAAGUGUUACUUGAUAACUGUGUACCCUCUGUAUGCUGAUGGUCAGGGAAGUGGACAGUCUGUGAAGGCUUAUCUCAAGCAAGAUCGUCCUUCAAAAGGACCUACUGUUCAGACAAAAAAAGUAGGAAAAGCUGAAGCUGUUUUGACGUGGAACCAUCUCACAGUUGAGGAACAAAAUGGAUUUAUCCGAAAUUACACUAUACUUUACAAAACUAUUGAUGGAAAUGAAACAGUUGUGACAGUGGAUCCUUCCAAGACAGAGUACACCCUUUCCUCUCUGACGAGUGACACACUGUAUACUGUGCGGAUGAUGGCAUCCACAGAUAAUGGAAGCAGGACCGGUCCUGAUUUCACAUUUACUACACAAAAAUUUGGAAAAGGAGAAAUUGAAGCCAUAGUUGUACCUGUGUGUCUAGCGUUCCUGUUGAUUGUGCUCCUUGGAGUUUUGUUUUGCUUCAACAAACGUGACCUAAUUAAAAAACAUAUCUGGCCUAUCGUACCUGAUCCCUCCAAGAGUAACAUUGCUCAGUGGUCUCCUCAAGUUCCAGCUAAGCAUAACUUCAGUUCCAAAGAUCAGAUGUACCCAGAAGGCAGCUUUACAGAUGUAAGCGUUGUAGAAAUAGAAGCUGAUGACAAGAAGUCUUUUUCAGAACAAGAUCUAAAACCCUUUGACUUGCUUAAAAAAGAAAAAAGUACUUCAGAAGGACACAGCAGUGGUAUUGGAGGAUCCUCGUGCAUGUCUUCUCCUAGGCAGAGCGUGUCUGACAGCGAUGAAGGUGAAACAACACAGAACACUUCAAGCACUGUACAGUAUUCAACUGUGGUGCUUAAUGGCUACAGAGACCAGACACCUGUGCAAGUCUUCUCAAGGUCUGAGUCAACCCAGCCCCUGCUAGAUUCAGAAGAGAGAUCAGAGGAUCAUGCUGGAGGAGCUGACAGUACAGCACAGAGGCAGCAGUAUUUCAGACAGAAUGGUGGUCAGGAUGAAACCAACACAGACAGGCCAUGCUUUGAAAGAACAAAGCAGAUUACUCACGCUAAUGAGGGAGAUCUUGUUGGAUUUGUUCAACUGCAGAUCUCAGGUCAGAGUUCACAGCCAUUGGGCCUUGGGAUGGAAAAAAAUACCCAGGAAGCUGCUGUAUCAAAUGUUUUACAGACAUGUACUGAAGGACAAACUGUGAGACCUGAAACGGUGGAAGAAAAUCCACUUUCAGUUGAUGAAAUGCCAAAAAGUUACCUCCCACAGACUGUGAGACAAGGGGGCUAUAUGCCUCAGUGAGAGAAAAGACUGGCUCUGUUUAGGCCUUCAUUAGUGCCUGUUCACAUCUUCCCCUGUGUUUCUGAUAAAGUAAGCUAGGUAUUUUUAUCUUACUGCAAAUAGAGAAACUGAAAUUAAGCAAAGAGUAAUUUGACAAAAUACAGUAAGGACUGUUUUUGUGGAAAAUUUCCAGUCCAGACCUACUGGAGAUAUACUUUUAUGCACUACAUAAAACCUUACAUCUGGAUAGCUGAACAAGCCUUUGUGCUACAUUGGGCGUUUUGUAUCUCUUCAUAACAGAAUUUCACACGAUUUAAAAGGUCAAGUUUUAAAUAUCCACAUCAGCCAACAGACCUCUCUGAAGAAACACUUCAGUGUGUGGCAGUGUAUGAGCCUAAAAAGCCAGCUCUAGUUGCACAGUGCAGCUUUGUGCAAAAGUAAGGCUGAAGCUCAGUAUUCUAACAUGGCAGAAUACUUGUGUGAUACACUUUUCAGUAACUUAAUUGACUUACUGAAUUUUGACUUGGCCCAGUGCCUCAAUUUUCAGCUUACCAGACCUGCAAAUCAUGUUCAUCCCUGUUUAAAACCCAUAAAAAUUAAAUAGAACUUGCUAUGUUGUACAAAUAGGAAAACACCAAGAUCAGUUGAAUCCGAAUGCUACUAUAGUAACUGAUACUUUACCUACAUUUAGAUAUGUGUGCACAUGAACUAUAGAAUAAUUUGGCCUAAAUGUGCCUUGCAACUUGACGCACAGCAAUUCAGUCUCAUAUUCAAAAGUUUGGAAAUCAGAUGACACUACAGAUCAGCAGUUAUUUAAAGGCUUUGUACCCCAAUCACUGUUUGAUGAUAUAAAACUUCUGUGAUCAUAUAUGCCUUUGUUUAAUAGAUGCACCUUUGUUGUGUACAGCUCAAGUAACAAGCUGUAAGCUUUUACCAUUUUGCUGAGUGCUCAGGAGAAGGGAAAUAUGACCUUCUUCCUGACAGACUGCAGCUGGUAGUGUGCUGUAACUUCACUGCUAAUACUGCAGGACAUCCUUGAAACUGAAAGCAGCCAAAGCAUUGAAGUCAUUGGUGCUCAACCAAAACCUAUACUCUAAAUUUGAACUUUGCUGGUAGUAAUCGUGAGCCACAAAACACACUUAAGUGGCUGUUAAAAUUCCUUAGUUUUUCUUAAUGUCUCAUUCUUUCCCUGCUCGCAGUUUAUAUUUUUUUGAGGAAGCUACAUUUCUUGGGAACUUCCUCUGCCAGUGUUUAAACGAAAAUUAAAUUACAGGACAAUAAAUCCCUUCUCCAGUGAUAACCAGUAAUUUUAUGGCACGCUUAAAGAUGUUUUUUUUUUAUUAAUUCUGAUCUAAUAUAGGCUAGUCAGCUUUCUAAUCUGACACUAACAAAAAUGUAUUUCAAAACACUAAAUGCUGUUUGGUGAGACUAAAACAAGUGUUUUAUUUCUCCUUCAGCAAAAUAACGAUGUAUUUAAGACCACCUGAAACCUUUUGUGCUGUGACCUCUGGUACUGCUGUUCUGCAGAGCACUUGCUAAAAGCCCUUGAAAGGCCUGUGUCAGUAUCAUUUCAUCUUCCCUAGUCUGUCAGCUUGCAUGGAAGGAUGGGUAUACAUGUAAAUGUCCACAUGUGUCUUAUGCUUUUGUUAUGAAGAAAUUAAGUGCAAGAGUAAAUUUGUGAGAUAAUCUCUUGAAGUUUGGAAUAUUUAAAACAGAUAAAGAAUGCAGAGUCUUUAAUAACAUUUCAGUAUUCCACAGUUCCUAUAUCCUGACAGUAUUUUUCUGUAUCUAGGCACUUUUGUCUUUAAUUAAAAGGCUACAUUGCAGCUUACUAUAAUUACACCUUUCUUCAGACCAGUCCUCUUCCUUUUCACCCCACUGCACCUCAGCACCUUUAAACUCCCUCCCAGAGGGCAAAGGUGUAAUGAAAACUGCUGCCAUGAGACAGCAGGGAGAUCAUCUUUCAUUUUUCAGAGGUUGAAGGAGCAUUCCUUUUUUGGAACACCUUACUCUUUGAAAAAAUGGCAGUUCCUUUAAUGGGGGAUGAGUUAUCUUCUCUAUGCAAAUUUCAAAGUGACUGUAGAAACCACAAGUAAAAGGGAGAGUCUGUCGAGCAGUGUGCAUGCCUCUUAGAACUGCCCAGCAGCCACAUGCAUUCAAUCCAUCCUCCACCUCUGAAGUAUUAUAGGCCACUUCCUGGCUAAGUAAUUGUCUGGUUUAGGGCAAAUUUGGGAGGAAACUUCCAGUGGGAUUCCUCUAGAAAGCAAAUUCAAGUGGCCUCUCUCCCUACUGAUUUGGGAAAAGAGUUCCUUGGAGAAAAGUGGAAAAAAAAACUUGUUUAUUUAACAGGCAAAAAUAUUCACAAGCAUUAAAAAAAAUGAAAAGUAUUAAACACUAAAACCUCUCAGUGUUCUGAGAGAUGGCAAAUUCAGAAAGUCCUUGUCAUGUGUGUACCUUGGCUUGCUCAUCUCUUAUCAGUCCCUCCUAUGCUGUACAAGGCCGUGUCCUGGUUCCCAGCAGGCCACAGGUGUGAGCUCCCGAUGUUUUUCUGGGUUUUCAGUCCACAGCAGGGCCAAACAGCUCCAAGAAAAAAAAAAGCCAGAGUCCAGGAUUUCUCUGCCUCACUCAGCCAGCUAACAACGAGCUGAAAGCCAAGGAGAGCUUCCUGCACUGCCCGUGCUGCAGACAGCGCAGUCUGUGAGGAGGAUGCAGGGAGCAGGGGCAGUCCCUGAGAACAAACUCUGCUUCUUCUCCCCCCUCAGCUCUCAGAGCCAGUCCUAAAGGUGCAGAACCUAGUACCCAGCAUAAACAGAACAGACAACUGGGGAUACAAGCAUCAUAGAGUCACCCUAGGACAGUAGUCUAAACAGUGCUGCAAAGGUCUGGAUGUUUUCAAAAAUGUGUUGAUGAUUUUUUAAAAUAAGUUUUUGUGACUCAGUAACACUAACUUUUGAUAACAUAUGUUAUUUGAGGGAGAAUGUCAGGUAGUCCUUAAGUUGCUACUUGCCUUUCUGUAAAGGGAAAGAAUUUUCUUCUCAGUUGGUGUUAAUUGUGGACCACUCAAAACUAAACUACUGCUUAACAGCAGCAAGAGAUUCUGAUUUUUCAAAUCUGUGCUAACAAGAGUUCUGGCCUGUCAUUUCUGACAUCUUUCAUUGUUGUUUAUGGGCCAGUGGUACUAAACACAAAGAAUUGAGUGGGUCCUCGGAAAGUUCUGGCUGGCUGGCAGUGACAUGCUCUCUUUUGAGACAAGAGCAUUUAUCUAGGGCUAAAAUACUAAAGACUAAGCAGGAGCUCCUAGUGGGUGAGCAGCUUGCAGAAGCCACAAUACAUAUAAAUAACAGGUAUACAGCUAGUUCAUUAACCUAUGUGCCAAAUACAUUGUGCAGUGUUCAGGGUUUAACAAGAUUUUGUACUUUGGACUGUAAAAAUCUAAGUGCAUCAAACAGUUGCAUACAGGUUAUUAGGAGUAUCUGCAGUGUAAUUAUAGCAAUCCACUGAAAUUUUCUGAGCUUGGCCCUAACAUAGUAACUCAAGAAAAAGUUUUCUCCCCCCUUCACCAAUGGCUGCUGGUGCACAUCACAAAAUAAAGGCAUUAUUAAAGUCACAUUUCAUAUAGACACUUUCAUGUCCAUCUUGAUUUCCUGGACUGGAAUUUUUCAGGUACAGGUGGAAGAUGAGUUGUAAGGACUGUUAAUUUGGUGGUGGGGAAGGGAGGCUAGUAGAAAUAUAUUAUCAUAUUUGAAAAACCUCUUAAAUGCAGGCUGGUUGAUGCUCUUCUGUUCACAAGGGAAGUGAAUAUAUAACCUUUGUAGUUCUAUUAUGGUGGUUCUGUUAGACCAGGAGAUGAUUGGUAUUGUUUUCUGGAGUGUAUUGGCUCACUUUAAGGGCAGAUAGUCUAGGAAUAUCCUCUCCUACUGUAGUGAAAAUCUUGGGAUUGCUUCAUACGUGCUGUUAUAGAAAAUUAAGCUGCCUGUUACGCCUGAACAUGACAGUACAAGCACAGCAGAGGAAAAAUAUUUUUAAACUUUGUUCUGGAGAGUUUAUGACAAGUAUGUGCUUGUCUGGUACAGAAGGGUAGAAAAAGCUGGAAAAAACCUUGGCCCUGGGAGGAUGAGGCAGUUUGCAUGUUAGGGCUGAGUCCCAUUCUUGGGCUCUGGAGAAGUCCCAUAACCUGGGUGGGAGCUUCAGCUUUGUAAAUCAUGAGCUUUGUCAGGUGGUUAAAGCAUACAUCAGUAUGCCUGGUAGGUGGGGUCACCACCGCUGAUUUACAUUAAGUAAUAGUUUAAUUAGAGACAGGUCUCAGAUACCCAAGGUCCACAUCAGAGUAUGCUGCAAUGGAGUUGACUUCUCAGUGGGAUCUGAAACUCCAGAGGCUGUCAGAUUGUUAAUAGUCUGCCCCACUCCAGGACAUAGACAUUUUGCAUUGUAAUUUAUGUGCAUUAAAUGGGACUAAAUACACUAGUUUAUUUUUCCCAUUAGACAGUGGUUGUAGCUGAGAUUAAAUGUUAUUUGAGUGCAUUCCUUUAACUGGGUUAAAAAGUUCUCUUGACAGAGACUGUAAGAGUUCCUUAAUCCCCAUAACCUCUUGUCUGCCUGCAAGGAUGGAUACGUAUAGCCAUUUUAAAUUCCAGGAGCUGCUUGUAAUAUUAUACAGGAGAAGUUUAUAUAAAAAUGUUGAGUCUUCUGUCAUGAAACAGCUGUUAGGGAGUUGCAGCCAACCCGAGUCUUCAGCUUUGCUUUUGACCCAGAAAACUGCAGUAAAGUGGAGGUAGAAGUGCAAAAAUCUGGAGGAGGUUGAAAUUAAGUAUCUUGUAUUGGAUUCAUGAAUUUCCAUUUCUCUUCCUUCAAAGUGAAAGCAUCAGUAAAACAAACAAAAAAAAGAAAAAAGUAAAAAUUAUGUGAAUUUGUUUUCAUUGUUGUAGGACUUGUGCAAUCUGAGCCAUUCUUGAAAAUAAAAGCAGUGCUGAGUUAAUGCAGAAGGAUGCGUUUCUAAGGCCACAAGAUUUGAUUUAAAAAACCCUAAAGAUAAUAAUGAAGGGCCAUAUUUCAGCAAUUGUCUGCUUCCCUGCCUCUCAACUGUAGUGCAGAGAGAGGGUGGGCAGCAAGAACCUCCCAGAAUGCAGCCUUAGCCAGUACUUGUAUUUAUUUGCAAAGACAACCUGAAGGGGAUAUAUGCAAUAAUGUCAUUGCUACUCUGCAGAAGCACACUUCUGUAACAAUAGAUGAAAAACACUUAUGGCACAACUGUUGACUGAUGGCUGGAAAGCUCCACAUCCACAUCCUCCUGCUCAGACUGAAGUGUCAGCUGUUCUUCUCUGGGGAUCACGGGCGUGGCAUUCUCUGCAGCGUGAAACUGUUAACACCUAUCACUUUUCAUCAUCAAAGCACAUUUGUUAAUGGAUCCAGUCAACUUGCCGUGUUUUUUUUAACACACACCAGUUUUGUUUACAGUGUCACAUCUAGCCUGACACUUUGAUACAGCCAGGGAUUGUCUAGUAACCAAUUGCUUUUAUUUGGGGAUAAGAAGUUACUGGUCACCCAGUUUGCUGUGCCAAUAUAUGCAUCUAGGUGCGUGGAGGUGUGGGACACAGGAAGAGAUGUACCAACAAGGAAAGUGCCUUGAUGCUGGAUUGGAUGGCUAGUGAAUGUAAACAUUAAGUUAAAUUUUGCUAUGUACUUAAACUAAGUAUGGCCGAUUAAGCUAGUGGUAAUUUGAAUGCCAGCUUUAAAGGGCUUGCAUACUCCGGCCAGAGGUUAAACUUGUAAAUUGCUGCAUAAGCUGUCUCUGUAUGGAAAUGUGUUUUAAUACCUGUUCACUGUCUUUAUUCUUUUGCAAGCUGCAUGUGUAUUGUCAUAUAAAAUCUGCUUUCUACAAUUUAUUUUGAUGGUCAGUUUUGAAUGGCUUCCUCUUUGUUACUUGACUGAGCCUGAAUGUUGCGUUUCUGUAGUACAUAAUAUGCAGAAAAAAACAAACCAAAAUUCCAUA